CCAUGCCCCCUCAAGGAGGAGCUGUGGGUUCAAUGGUGCCAGACUGGAGGCUAGUUGCCUUCCUAGUGGCCCACCUGCUCUAGCUGGGUGUUUUCUGAGGAAAGAAAAUGAACUGGGUUGGUGGUUCUCGUAAAAGAAUCUUGCUUACCAAGGAGAGAAGGAAGCAGAAGGACUUCUUUGAAAAGGAAAAACUUAAGUCAAAGAUGAAGUUGAUGGGGAUAUCUUCCCAAAAAAACACCGCUGUCAGUUUAGAUCUUCUUAAUCUAUAUGUUGUUAACCAGAUAUCUACAAAGAAAGGUUAUAUUGACAGAGUGCAAAAGCCAGUUCCUGUGGAAAUUAAUAGAGGAAUACCAAAUCAUUUGAGAAGACAUAAUGUAGAACUUCCAAAGUCACCAGAACGCAGACCGUGGAAACCUUUCUUAGAUGAUGUCCAGCACAGUGUACAACAAGAAGUAUUAGAAAAUAGAAGAAAAUAUCUCCUAGAAAAAGGGAAUUUUCAGUGUCAAAAGGACUUUCUGCCAUGUCAACAGAGCCUACAGUCUUCUCAGCUGUCAAAUAUAAAGUGUGAAGGCAUUUGGAUUCCUAAGACUACAUGCAAGCAAGGGGAUAUCAACAACCCAGAAGCAGGCACACCAAGUGAUCAGUAUUUCCAGCAGUUCAAUAGUCUAGGAUAUAGUAAAACAUUUGGCAAGUCUCCUAAGUUUACCAUUGAUGCAGAUUUCGAAAACAAUCACAAAAAAGACCCAUUGCUAAUGAAUGACACACUAAAAGCUACGCAAGAUGAAAGUUCCCAGACUAUUGCAGCAUUAUUAGAAGAGGACAGUCAACCAUUUCUUACCAUUCCUUCUUCACCAUCUUGUCAUUCCUUUGCUAAUGAAAACAUUCUUGACCAGCUGUUCUCAAAUACAGGAGAUGCAAAUGAAAUAUCCAACAUGUGUCACCCUUAUAAUAAAGAAGAAAUGUAUCAGAAGACAGGUUGUGACAGACAUUCUAGUGCAAGAGAUCUCAAAAGUGUUUUAACAGCUCCAGAGCAAACUUCUUUCUCCAGAAGCCAAAGCUUAAAUGCAGUUGGCCCAGAAACCACCAAGAAUCAACAGAAAGAUUACUAUAUUCAAGAAAGAAAUCCUGUAAUAUAUUAUGACCAGCAGGCCACCACUAUAGACUUUAAAAAUACAGGGAGAAUGGCAAACCAACAGAAAAAUAUGAAGGUAGCAGACCCUGUGGAGAAUUAUAUGAAGAAAAUCAGAAAGGAUGGCCUGGCAGAACAAAAGCUGAAUCAGUUGCAGAUUUUUAGACCUGAAGAGACAGAAACUGAAGUCUUCAGUUGCUGUGAUCAGCAGUCAAAACAAGGAACAAAACAUGAUGAUGAAUCUCAGCUAAGCAACUGGUCACCCAGCUAUUCUCCAAAGCAGACAGAUGGAUAUUCCAGUACUACAUCUGAUGAGUCUGAAAAGGAAGAGGAGGAAGCUUCAAGUUAUUUUGAAGGUGGUUUUCUGAGACAUUAUGACAGUCCUGUUUCAGUAAAUCAGAAGUCCCAGUGCAACUGUCAGUCAACAGAUACAUAUUCCAAUUUACUUGAAAAUUUGUCUGGAAAAUCAGCAGGCGUUCAUCCACAGACAAAGCCAGCUUUGGAUCUAGGGAAAAAGAAGUUGUGCAGAGCUGCAACAGAGUUUUCAGAGGUAUUGUUUGAAAACGCAUCUGCGGAUUUCAAGCCAAGGCAUGAUGCUUGGUCCCAAACAGAGACAUAUGGAAGAGACAGUACAACAAAAUCUGAUGCAGGUGUGCAGUGCGAUAUAAUGCAGGCUUGCUUUUGUAAACAUGAGCUGUCCUCUGUCCAUAGUGCUGAAGUUGUUACAUCAAAUAGCAAAGCAGAGACCACUGGAGGGCAGAACGUUCCAGCAGAUAGAGCACCAUCUCAACUUUCAACCAGCAGCAGUUGGGUGUUCACUAAGAGUUCCCCUCCUAAAACAGAGUGUUUUGUGGUACAUGACAAAAUGAGACUAGGAAUAAUAGAUUUUAUCAGUGUAAUUAAUGAAGGAGAAACUUGUGACUAAAUAUAAUACAGGUAAUCAUAUACACAUUGAUGAUACAAUGCAUCCAAGAUGAUAGUUUUGACUAAUUAAUUUAUUCCAGCAUGUAUACAUUUCAGUUACAAUCUGCUACACAGGAUUAGGCAUAUGCAAAUACACCCGGCACAACAUAAGAGUUAAACAUACUUAAAAAUUGUAGUGUUAAUAACUUGUGGCUGUUGAUUUUAAUAGGGCUGCAUUUUUAAUACUGUGUUGGACUGUGACCAUUUUUGUCCUCCUCCCACGACUAAGCUACAUUCUUUUAAAAGAAAAUAGGGCUGUUGAUACAUUUAUGCUCUCUCCUUUUAAUCUUGACACCAAUGGAAAUGCACAUAAUAUUCCAGUUGAGACAUAAUGGCAUACUCAAACAAGCUUGACCAUGCCCUUCUCUCUUCCAUACCUGUUCUACAUCCUAUAAAAUUCUAUCUUUUCUUACACUAUUAUUUCCUAUAACGUCUGAACCAUAAAACUGUGGCUUACACAUAACUUUAUUAGCAAUCCUGGUUUGUCAGUAGUACUUAAAUCAUUAUUUCCUCUUUUAUAAAACCACGACAUUCCUGCAGCUGGCCAGACAAAAGAGGCACACAAGUAUACUCUCUCUCUCUCUCUCUCUCUCUCUGUCUCUCUGUGUGUGUGUGUGUGUGUGUGUGUGUGUGUAUAUGCAUACACACACACUCAGAUAAUGCACAUGAUAUAUAUUAAAAGAAGAUAUAGCAGCCCAAAUGUAUAGUCAGAACUGAAUGCUAUAAAAAUGUUCCUCCAUAACCAGAUCCAAAGAGUUCUUUUCAUUUAAU